AUGGACAGGUUCUUACUCCUCCAGAUCUUCCUCCUGGUGCUAGUCCCAAGUUUACAGAUUCUCCCAGGCACAGAGAUGAAGUGGGAAGAAUGCUUCAUUGACCCGGACUAUGAAGAACUGGUGGCUAUUGCCAGAAAUGGGCUGGAAAACGGGUGUCGUUCAAAGAAGGUGGUGAUCAUUGGGGCAGGAAUCAGUGGACUCACAGCUGCCAAACUGUUGAAAGAUGCUGGUUGUAAGGUUCUCAUUCUGGAAGCCAGUCACCGCUUGGGAGGACGCAUCGUGACCCACAGAGAACAAGAUUGGUAUGUGGAGUUGGGAGCCAUGCGGUUGCCAGCACAUCACAGGCUUGUGCGUGAAUUUAUUAAAAAACUGAAACUGAAACUGAACCCAUUCUAUAAUAGUAAUGACAAGGGCUGGUAUUUCAUUAACAACAUCAGGGCAAGAGCUGGAGAGGUAGACCGAAACCCUGAUAUCUUGCAAUAUCCUGUGCUUCCCACAGAAAGAGGAAAAUCUGCCAGUGAGCUUUAUAAUCAGACACUGGAUAAGGUGACAACAAACUGCAAUGCUCUGAAAGAGAAAUAUGACUCCUUUUCCACCAAGGAAUAUUUGAUUAAAGAAGGAAAUUUAAGUAGAGGAGCCAUUGACAUGAUUGGUGACGUGAUGAAUGAAGAUGGUCUAUUCCACUUGUCAUUUCUUUACUCUGUCAUGGUCUUUUCCACCUUCUCUGAGAAGGGUUUCGAUGAGAUCACGGGGGGAUUUGAUCAGCUUCCGCAGGCUUUCUACCAGGAUAUUCACGGGGGCGUUAUAUUUAACUCCCCGGUAGUGAAGAUACUACAAGAUGAUGACCAAGUGAAAGUGUUUUACCGCAGGCCACACACCUCAUUCCCCUUAUCUGUGAUGGCCGACUAUGUCCUUGUCACAGCCACGGCAAAAGCCACACAGCUCAUUAAAUUUUCUCCACCUCUUUCUGCUGAAAAGACCCAUGCCCUGCGCUCUAUUCACUAUGCAAGAGCCACUAAAAUUUUUUUGAUCUGUUCUGAAAAAUUUUGGCAGAAGGAUGGAAUCUAUAAUGGGAGGUCAAUCACUGAUCGCCCCUCUAGAGUAAUCUACUACCCCAGCCACAAUUUCUCCAGUGGGACGGGGACAAUUCUGGCUUCCUACACCUGGGUGGAUGAUGCUGAAUUCUUCAUUCCCCUUGAUGAUGAAAAGUGUGUUGAUGUGGUGAUGGAGGACCUGGCAGAAAUCCACCAGGUGCCCAAGAAUUAUAUCCGGAAGGUCUGCAAUAAACACGUGAUCAAGAAAUGGGGCCUGGACAAAUAUUCAAUGGGAGGAUAUGUUUCAUUCACCCCAUACCAGUUUGUUGACUACUCCAAAGCUUUGUUUCAGAAUGAAGGGAGGGUCCAUUUUUCAGGAGAACACACAGCCCAGCCUCACGCCUGGAUCGAAACUUCUAUGAAAUCUGCUGUGAGAGCAGCCAGGAACAUCCAUGUUGCUAUCAAUGCAUUGCCUGGGCGACAGCAGAAGAAGUUGAAAGAUAAUGAAUUGUAA